UAUUUUUUACCUUCCACUUCUUGAUGUCGAUCGAAUAUCAUUCAAAGGUACUUUUCUCGUUUCUUUUUCUUUUUUGUUCCUAUUUGGUUUCAAUCAUGGGCAGAAGAACAAUUCGAUCUCGUGGAAACAUCAUUGCCAUACCCGAUGAUGAUUUCAUGGAUCAAAGGAUUUUAUCUUACGAGGAAACAUGCACCUUCACUGAUGAUUAUAUUGAGAUGUUGAAGUCAUCCAAAACCUUCCCUAUUGGCACGGUAUUUAGGGAUUUUGACGCUAGAAUUCAACUUGAUUUCAUUUCUUUUACUUGGGUUUGUCUGCCUGAGUAUCCCUUCAUCCUAGGGCUUUCUUAUCCUUUCUCUGGAAUUGUUUCAAAAAAAUUUGAGACCACAAAUAUCUUGUACAUCCAAGUUAUGCCAACGAUCUGUAGGAUACUCUAUUGGAUUGAUCACUUGAAUCGUUCCAAGGGUCUUUCUGUCGAUUUAAAUGAGCUAGCCUAUGUUUAUGAUCUUACAACUUUUGGGAAUUCCCGCUUUCUAUUGAAGGUCAAAGAAGAUAGGUUGCCCCUUGUGUUGAAAUCCAAGCGUAAUGAUGGUGCUUGGAAAGGGAAGUAUUUCUUCAUAAGACGUGACUCCAUUCUUGAUGGUAAUCUAUUACCUCAAUCUUGGGUUAGAAAGGAUUUCAAGAUUGAAAUCUUGGUUCCUCCUAUUGAAGACACAGAGAAUAGGACCCAAAUUUUUUUCUACUAUUUCUGAAUCAGAGAGGUCAUUCAAGCUUAUCCAAUCCAAUUUUCAAGAGAGCUCAUUUACCACUGCAUCCAUGUUGAAAGGAUCCAAAAGUACCCGUUAUGGCGCUCAUUUUACCCGUGAUGGCUUGGAUACAACGAUGUCCAAUGGUCAUUUGACGAUGAAGAAAGAGAAGACUUUGCCCCAUAUCAUGAGAUCCCACACAAUUUUGGCUGUGAAAACUCCGGGAUCUAAGAAAAGAAAGAAUAUGAGAUCCAUUGAAUUGAGCCUAGAGAAUCUUGGGGUAGAAGAUGCGCUCCAAAAAUUGGCUUCCUUUUCUCAGGCUUUUUCUAAACGUGUCUCUGCUGAGUUGAGGGCCCGUGCUGAAAGAGCUGAACAAGUUCUCAAAGAGCAAGACAAAAUAUCUAGAGCAAUCAAAAAGGAUCUCCUAAAAAGGGUGGAGCUCUUGAGCAAGUAGAAGGCCGAAAAGGAAUAGGGGAAUAUCAUGGAGAUGGAGGAAGUGAUCACCGAAGCAAAGGACAGCCGUCUGGGAAGCCAAGAUCAAACUCGCCAAAGAUACGGCUAACGCGGGAUCCUGGGAUCUGACAGGGUGGUGCGCCGCUCUUGCCCAAUUAGCUGGCGAGUCUGCUAAAAUUGGUUAGGAUCCCAAAAGGCAGUGGACGAAGGUGGGCGAGGAGGAAAUUACGGGCGAUGAUGACCAUCUAAGGUCUACGCCUGCACAGGAGUAGAUUAAGUAGUUUUUGGUUUCAAAGGAUGUAAGACAAUUUAAUGUUUGUUCUUUUAUGGGAUUGAUGGAUAACCCUUUUAAUGCUACGGUUGUUUUAAUA